GGGAGCGAUGGGCCAACGAGCGUGGAGGGAAGCUUGGGCUUCUCGACUGGCGGGAUGAUCCGAGGGAACUUUCCCAAACCGCCCGCAGAUCCCCUGAACCGGUGGUUGUAGGAAGCGACUCGUUACUUCAUUGCAACACGUGUAGAUUAAUUAUUUUUGCUGUAAGAAUAACAGUAACAUUCCACAUUGAAUUUGGAACGCUUGCAUUGGAAAUUCAGAGUUUUAAAGUGGAAGAAUAAGAAGGAAUGAAGAGUAGCAGAAAUGAGUUCUGGAUCUAGCUCUGAAAGGAAGGAAGCUUACCAUACUCGCCAGAGAAGUGCCUCCCCAGAAGAAAGGAAUAGGUCCAUGGAGCGUAAGAGGUCUCAAUCACCACAAAGCAAAGGCCAUUUGGAACACAGAAGAUCUGACAGAGAACAUUCGGGAAGGGGCCAUUACGAUGACAGAUACCCAGAACCAAGAAGGAGAGAAAGACAGGAGAGAGACAGAGAAUCUGAUUGGAAGAAACACAGGAAGUCCCGGUCACCUGAUAGAAGAAAUGAUGCGGAGAAAUCAGGAGUACAGGGGGCUCUUUUACGUGAAGAACCCCCUCAAAAGAAAAAGAAAGAGGAAGUGGAUCCAAUCCUUACCCGGACUGGUGGUGCAUACAUUCCUCCAGCAAAGCUCAGGAUGAUGCAGGCACAAAUCACUGAUAAAAACAGCUUAGCCUAUCAAAGAAUGAGCUGGGAGGCACUGAAGAAAUCCAUCAAUGGUCUGAUCAACAAGGUGAACGUUUCAAACAUUGCCAACAUUAUAACUGAACUUCUUCAAGAAAACAUUGUGAGAGGCAGGGGAUUACUAGCAAGAUCAAUUUUGCAAGCCCAGAAUGCUUCCCCCAUCUUCACUCAUGUAUAUGCAGCAGUUGUGGCAAUUAUCAAUUCCAAAUUUCCAAAUAUUGGGGAACUGAUUCUCAAGAGACUCAUUUUAAAUUUUCGCAAAGGAUACAGAAGAAACGAUAAGCAACAGUGCCUGACAGCUUCCAAGUUUGUUGCACAUCUUAUGAAUCAGAAUGUGGCUCACGAGGUUUUGUGUUUGGAAAUGCUCACGUUGCUCCUGGAAAGACCUACAGAUGACAGUAUUGAAGUAGCCAUUGGGUUUCUGAAGGACUGUGGCCUCAAGUUAACGGAAGUGUCACCUAGAGGUAUUAACGCCAUCUUUGACCGCCUUCGCCACGUCCUUCAUGAAUCUGAAACUGACAAACGUGUCCAAUACAUGAUUGAGGUCAUGUUUGCGGUGCGCAAAGAUGGAUUCAAAGAUCACCCAGUAAUUCAAGAAGGACUUGACCUUGUGGAGGAGGAGGAUCAGUUUACCCACAUGUUGCCUUUGGAAGACGAAUACAAUCCCGAUGACAUUCUCAAUGUCUUCAAAAUGGACCCUGAAUUUGUGGAAAACGAAGAGAAGUACAAAACUCUGAAAAAAGAAAUCCUGGAUGAAGGUGACAGUGACUCAGAAGCCGAUCAGGAUGCUGGUAGUAGUGAAGAGGAGGAUGAGGAAGAAAGAGAGGAGGAAGAGGAGGAUGAAGAUGGACAAAAAGUUACCAUCCACGACAAAACGGAAAUUAACUUGGUUUCCUUCCGGCGAACUAUUUACCUUGCAAUUCAGUCAAGUUUAGAUUUUGAAGAAUGUGCCCAUAAGCUAUUGAAGAUGGAUUUUCCUGACAGUCAAACAAAAGAACUGUGCAACAUGAUUCUUGAUUGUUGUGCUCAGCAAAGAACAUACGAAAAAUUCUUUGGUUUGCUAGCUGGGCGCUUCUGUAUGUUGAAAAAAGAAUACAUGGAGUCAUUUGAAGCAAUUUUCAAAGAGCAGUAUGAUACCAUACAUCGGUUGGAAACAAACAAGUUGAGGAAUGUUGCCAAGAUGUUUGCUCAUCUUUUAUACACAGAUUCGCUUCCAUGGAGUGUCCUUGAAUGCAUAUCUCUAAGUGAAGAAACGACAACAUCAUCCAGUAGGAUUUUUGUUAAAAUAUUCUUCCAAGAGCUUAGUGAAUAUAUGGGACUUCCUAAUCUUAAUGCAAGGUUGAAAGAUGAAACCCUGCUACCAUUCUUUGAAGGAUUAUUACCACGAGAUAAUCCAAGAAAUACUAGAUUUGCAAUCAAUUUCUUCACUUCAAUUGGCCUUGGAGGACUGACCGACGAACUACGGGAACACCUGAAAAAUGCGCCCAAAAUAAUAAUGACGCAGAAACAAGAUGUGGAGUCAUCUGAUUCAUCUUCAGAAUCAGGUACAUCUGAUUCAGAUGAUGAUUCCAGCAGCAGUGAGACCUCGGGAUCCUCUAGUGGGAGUGAAUCCACUUCCGACAGUACGGACAGCAGUGACUCAGAUAAGAAAAAGUCUCAAAAGAAGAAAAAUGCGGAUAAAGGUACCCAGAGAAAACAAGGGAAUAAGAAGAAGAAACUUGAAAAGGAAAAAGAAUGGAGGUGGCCCGAGAGGGAAAAUGGUGCUUCAAGAAACUCGGAGAGGAAUGCUGACAAAAGCUCCAGUAGAAAAGACGAAGCAUCUUAUGAUAGAGAUUAUUCCAGUGAUAAAAAUAAUUCCCGGAGUGGAAAGGAGAGGAACCGAGAAAAAAAUGUACUUUUAGACAGCAAAACCGUCCAUUCUAAAAAGAGAAAAGAAGGAAGACCUUCUUUUUCUGAAGAUGAAGAGAGGGACAGGCACCAUAAAAGGGACAGCAAGCUCCUCAGAGAGAAGAAGGACAGAUCUAAGUCCAGAGAGAGGCCUCACCAUUAUCCCAGCCCCAGAGAGUUUGAGGAAAACAGCCAAUAUUCAAACCAGUUUAAAGAGAUAAGGAAAGACGAAACCAGGAGAAGGCAUAGAAAUGCUUCCCCAUCCAGGCACAAAUGAAUUAAGAAGAUUUUUCAAUACCGCCUUGCCAUUUGAACUGUCUUUUUAAAACUUGCUACACAUUUUUAAAAGAGAAACCUUUUGUACAAAAUAUUUCCAGACAGUAAUGACUCUUUGAAUCACUGUUAAUUGUUGGAGCUUUCCGCUAAGCUGCUGCUUAAAAGACUUUGAAUCCAGGAGGAAUCGAAGCCCAAUAAAACAGUUAAACAUUGCUUUCAAUGGGAUAUUAGUAUGCUGUAAAUAUUUAUUCUUCGAAUUUUAUUUGUGUUCUCUGAAAAUGCUAAACAUUCCUUCCUUUUCAUUUUUGAAUUUUAGAUUUCAGCAUAUAUUAAAGUUUUAUUUCAGAAAUAACAUUUGUAGGGUUUUUUUGUGAAUUAAAGAUGAAAAGGGCAGUCUUUUAAAUUCGACAAUGAAAAAUAGAUCAGUGUUUGGAAAUGAAAGCUUUACCAAUAUCUAUCAUGGCUUAUUGGUCACAUUCAAUGCCAUAUACUUGAGAUCAGCCCAUCCCUGAAUAAGCAUGAUCCUUGACUUUUUGACCCAAAUGACACCAUAACAUGCCAUAUGCCAGGGGUGUCAAACCUGGCCCAUGGAGCCAAGCUGGAAAAUGAAAGGGGCUGGCCAGCAUCGUUUUGGCCCCGUCUACCCAAUGCAAAGAGGAAAGAUCAGGCCAGCGUGGCUUCAGCCUGGUCUACCCAAUGUGAAGAGGUGCCAGUGCCAGCAGUUUGGGGAAUGGCGGGGAAACGCCCACCCAGUCAGCCACGCCCAGUGAGUAGUGUUAAGGUGGCCACACCCACCCAGUCAACCAUGGUUCCCCAAGGUCAACCACAGCCCUGAUGCGACCCUCAAUGAAAUUGGAUUUGACACCCCUGCCAUAUGCAGACAAAGCUGAUUAAUCAUAUACUCUAGAUGGAAAGCAGUUGUGAAUAAACAACAGUAAUAAGUUGAUCCUUGUGGGUGUAAAUUUAGUAAAAUCUAAAUUUACAAAAUUUAAUUGUAAAUUCUAAACAGAAGUUAUGCUUCUGUUUAGAAUAUGAAAAUCUAGAGCUCAAAUAAUCAAUAUGUUAAAAUUCCCUCUUUGUUAAUUGAAAAAAGUCAUAAAAGCUGAAGUUGAAUAAAAACUCAUGUAGCAUGAUUACUUGAUGUUGCUUUGAUUUAAUCAUAAAAGAUUAAAAAUCUAGUCAGAGCAUGUGUAUUGUUUCACUUCUGCUGAAAAAUAUAUAAUUCUGGUCAGAACUAUAUCUGAUAUUUUUAAAUUAUUGCCAUUCAGGGUCUGAUGCCGCCUUGAAAGAGGCGGUGGUGCCUUGAAAGAGGCGGUGGUGAGACCCCUCCUUAAGAAGCCCUCUUUGGACCCGGCUAUUUUGGGAAAUUAUCGGCCAGUCUCCAACCUUCGCUUUGUUGCGAAGGUUGUAGAGAGUGCUGUGGCGCGCCAGCUACCCCAAUACUUGGAAGAAUCCGUCUAUCUAGACCCGUUCCAGUCUGGCUUCCGACCCGGUUACAGCACGGAGACAGCUUUGGUCGCAUUGGUGGAUGAUCUCUGGAGGGCCAGGGACAGGGGUUAUUCCUCUGCCCUGGUCCUAUUAGACCUCUCAGCGGCUUUUGAUACCAUCGACCAUGGUAUCUUGCUGCGCCGGUUGGCGGGAUUGGGAGUGGGAGGCACCGUUUAUCGGUGGUUCUCCUCCUAUCUCUCCGACCGGUCGCAGACGGUGUUGACAGGGGGGCAGAGGUCGACCGCGA